CACCAAAAGCAGUCAGACGUCUCCAUCUUCUUUAUAAAGCAGCUGCAGUCUGCCUCCUGCACACAGCUGCUGAUCAACCACCAGACGAGCAAUCAUGGCUGUGGCAAUCGUUGGUGCAGCUGCUGCACUUGCCGCUGCAGUUGCUGCAAUUGGACAGAUACUUAGUGAAGUAAUACCAACACAUCGACAGUGUGACAUUGAGAUUGUGAAUGAUUGUACUACCUACACUCUUUGUAACCCCAGGAGGUACACUUCAAGUGGAUACUGCACUACUUUAUCACAGACUGUUGCCCCUCUCAGCUCUGGGAAUGCAUCGUUCCAAAAGAAUGCAAACACAGCUCUAGGAGCUGUUGGCGUCUUUACCUACGAUCUCCUGAACAACAGUACAAGUCUGACAGAUGAGACGAUAGCUGUCAUGUUUUCUGUGCCAUAUGACUAUAACUGGUACUCCAACUGGUACGCAGUGGGAGUUUUUAAUAAGAGCAUAUGGUGUGAUUAUGAUCUUUAUGAUGAGAUGUACAACCACACAGAAAUCAAGUUUGUCAGAGGUAAAGCGAGUGGCAACCAUGGUCUCACUUAUAAGGGGAAACAAGUCACCAUCAUAGCAGGAAUGUCAAACACCACACACAGUGUCAUGAAGAUGCACGUGAUGCAAAACUAAAGAUGAGUGCAUCAAGUGCUCUCAAUAAUGAAUCAUCAGGGCUGGUAACAAAGUUUACAUUUGCUCUUGCACUUCGCUGCAUUUUGGGGUCACCUCUGUUGUAUAACAAAAGUCACAUGACUUGAAAGCAUGCAAUCUGUUAAACUACUCUUGCAAACUUGUAAUCUCUGUGAUCAGUAAAUAACAAUACAUUUAAUCUACUCUUAAUGUUCAUCUAUUCACCUUUGAACAUGUACAAUUAGUUUCACUUUUCACAAGUUCAUUUUCAACUUCAUCACAAUUACUAAUGUUUUAACCUAUCAUCCCUCCGUAUGUGACGUAUAACACCAACAAAUGUCAAAUAAAAAUGACCCAUAAAGCUGAA